UCAUCACUUGUCGCUGGCGGUUGCAGGCGCGCGCGUUCUUUAAUUCUUCGAAAGUUCUUAACUAAUUCUCAAAAAAAAAAAUGACCAGAGUGUUAUCUGAAGAUUAGCGUAACGCAUCCCUUCAGUUUAUGGUGCCAUAAAUUCUUAUCAAAAGCUACAAAUUUAUCAAAUUCCCAGUUUGGCCGCGUUUCAGUUUAGCACGUACUUGGGCUAAAGUUCUGCCUUGAGCUGGGUAAUGAGAGACCUUCGUCUGGGCCGGGUUUAUCAUUGAAGUUGUGACAAUUGUAGAGUGCUCGCGAGUUCUAUAUAAAUGUACCUCAUAAUGCAAUUACAGUAUAUGUAAUUGUUUCAAUUUUGCACUCAGACCAAGUGGUUCCACAUCCAUGGUUGUGCAGGUCAAUAAACGCAGUGUGCUUCUGGUGCUGCUCGUUCUCUUGGUUUUGCUGCUCGUCUCGCGCAAUUUGCGACAAGCCCAACAGCUGGCAGCUGCCCACGAGAGGCGACAGGGCCAGCAAACGCAGGCGGACUCCCUGACGCUUCUGGACAUAAGCGCAGCGGAACCGCCGAGCACCGAGGAGCCCCGACGGCUGUCGGCACGCACCCAGGAGCUGCAGGCGCUGCUCAAAUGUCGCAAUCGUCGUCUGAGACUGCAAAAGCUGCAGCACGGCAGCUACUGGGUCAUCCAGAAUCUGGUCAUGGGACGCGAGAGUCAACGCAUGGCCUGCGCCGAGUCCAUCACCUACACCACAAACGGGGACUAUACCUUCUUUGACAAUCUUGAGACGGUCACCGAGCGCUGGCUGGGACCAAUCAGUUUUGCGAUACACACGCCCGGCUACGAUCUGAACGCCACGCUGGAUGCCAUACAGUAUGUGAGAAACUGUUUGCCGGGCAGCCAGUUGAUCAGCGAUUUUGUCAGCUUUCACAUAUACUUCUCCAACGAGCAUAUGCCGGAGUAUGUGCCCCGAGACGAGAACGACGCGCUGAACUGGCCCUUUCGCUGCGUGGAUGAGGGCGGCAGCCCGUUGCCGCCGCCCUAUGCCGCACAGAAUCGUACGGCCAUGUACAAGGUGCAGGCGAACCUGACCUAUCCGAUAAAUGUGGGCCGGAAUAUUGCACGGGGCGCGGUCAAUACCCACUUCAUAUUCGCCUGCGACAUUGAGCUCUAUCCGAGCCUGGGCCUGGUGGAUCAGUUCCUGGACAUGGUGCAGCGCAACCAUAGUGUGCUGGCCCUGAGCCCGGGCCAGCAGCCGCGAGUCUAUCCAUUACCCGUCUUUGAGCUACAGGAUGGGGAGCGUGUGCCCAAUGACAAGGCCGAGCUGCUGCCCCUUCUGCAGAAGGGUCGGGCGCAGCUCUUCCAUGCGAAGGUCUGCACCAGCUGCCACAAGGUGCCCGGCUACAAGGAUUGGAUAAAUCGCACGGCCAGCGUCGCGGACGAUCUGAAUCUGUUUAGCAUGACCGUGCGACAGGGCAACUACAAAUACUGGGAGCCCUUCUAUAUCAGCGACAAUACGGAGCCCAUUUUCGAUGAGCGCGUCACCUGGGAGGGACAGUCCAAUAAGCGCAUACAGGGCUAUGCUAUGUGCCUGCUGGGCUACGAGUAUCAUGUCCUGCAUCCUGCCUUUCUGGUGCACAGUCCCGGCAUUAAGAAGCCCGCUCGCAAUUCGGUGCGCGCCAAGUAUGCCAAGGAAAUGACCAGGUUUAUCAAGACCAAAAUUGAGCCCGAAUAUCGAGUACUCUACGGCAAGAACAAGAAUUGCAUGACGUGACACGUGGAGACGCGACAGGCAAAUGCUUGUGAUGCAAGUGAUAUAAACUUAACAUUAGUUGUAAAUAUUUAAAAUAGUUAUUUUUGUUGCGUUCAUAUUUAAAAUAUGUUUUCAUUAGGGAAAGGGACACGAUUCUGUUUAUCUACUGUUACGAAAGCGCUAAAUAAUUAAAUAAAUAAGUA